AUGAAUUUUCAUAUUUAUUUUUUUAAAACUUUUGCUCGUUUUCUUUGUAUAAAAAAUGAAACACCAUAUUUUUUUAAAAAUGGCUCUAGAAUAUUAAUUAAUGAAAAAAAAAGUUAUAAUAUCAAUUAUGUGGAAAAAGAAAAUAAUAAAUAUACAUUAAUUAAUAAUAUUCAUUAUAUAAAAGAAUCAGAUUUUUUUAACAGACUUAUAAAAAUAUAUAUUGAUAUUAUUUUUAAUUUUUCAAAAUAUCCUUUACAUGUUCAAUGUUUACAUAUUUUUUGUAAAAAAAUACUAAAAGAAAAAAUUGAAAAUGUUAAAAGUAGUUUAGAACACAAAAAAGUUUUGUAUAAUAGUGAUAAUAUAAAGUUUGAGAAUUUAAAUGAAUAUUUAGUCAAUUUAAAUAAAGAAUCAAUAGAAAAGAAAGAAAGUGAGGAAUACUUCAAUAAAGUAUUUGAAAAAGUUAAAAAAUUUUAUUAUUAUAAAAAUGUAUUAUAUGCAUUAUUUACAUUAGAACAUAAUAAAAUAAUUUUUAAUUAUACUGAAAAUUUAUUAAUAAAAGAUUUGCAAAAUUGUCUUAUUAACUCAACUUUAAAUAAUAGCAAAGAUAUUUAUAGAUUUAUAAAAAAGAAUGGUCAAGAUAACAUAUAUAUUUAUAUUAUAGAAUUUUCAGAUAAUUUAUAUAUUUUAAAAAAAAGAUAUAAUUUUAUUAAAUAUCUAUUUUAUAAUAAUAUGCAAAAUAAAUUAUAA